GUUUCGUUUCUUUUCCCGCGUCCCAGGAUGGCGGCUGCUGAUCUGAGAGACGAGCUGAGCUGCUCCAUCUGCCUGAGCGUUUAUACUGAUCCUGUGUCCCUGCCCUGUAGCCAUAACUUCUGCCGGGGCUGCAUUGGGGGGGUGCUGGGUACCCAGGAGGGGUCUGGGGCUUAUUCCUGCCCUGAAUGCAGAGCCGAGUAUCGGGAACGCCCGGCCCUGCCCAGGAACAGAACUCUGGGGAACAUUGCAGAGCGAUUCCUUUCUGCUCAGCCGGAGCCGGGGGAGACUGGGAUCCUCUGCACUUACUGUGACUCCCCUGUGGCUGCUGUUAAAUCCUGUGAGCAGUGUGAGACCUCCCUGUGUGAUACCCACUUACACAAGCACAACAAGUCUGUACGGCACGUCCUAACUGAGCCCACCAACUCCUUUAUGGGAAAAAAAUGCUCCACCCACAGUGAGUUUCUAAAAUAUUACUGCUGUGAGGAUUUGGUCUGUGUCUGUGUGUCCUGCUGCCUGGCCGGGGGGCACCGGGGCCACAGGGUGGAGCUGCUGAGUGAGGCCUCUGAGAAGAAGAAAGAGAAACUGAGGAAAGUUCUGGAGAAACUGAGCCCAGAGAGAGAGGAGACUGAGAGAGGAGCCCAGAGGCUGCAGGAGCGCAGGAGAGACGUGGCAGAAAGAGCAGCCGGUGAGACAGAGAGAGUCACUGCCCUGUUUAGAGACAUCAGGGAAGAGCUGGAAGCCCUAGAGAAGAGACUCCUGAGUGACAUCUCCAGGCAGAAAGAGGAGAUUUCCCUCCAACUCACUGAGCUGAUCCAACAGCUGGAAAUAAAGAAGGAUGAGCUGUCCGGGAAGAUCCAGCACAUUGAGGAGCUGUGCAACAUGGCAGCUCCACUCACUGUCCUACAGGAACAAUGGGAAUCAGAUGGAGCUGCAGAUAAUGAAGAGGAAUAUGAUACUGAGGAGGAUAAAGAUGAGGAAUAUGAUACUGAGGAGGAUAAAGAUGAGGAAUAUGAUACUGAGGAGGAUAAAGAUGAGGAAUAUGAUACUGAGGGGGCAGAUACUGAGGGCAGAGAGACAGAGGGUAUAAAGGUCCCGGCUGUAGGGAAUCUGGAUGUGGAUCGGAUCUCAGAGACAUUACUCACAGGCUUAGCUGGGAUUGUGACUGGGAUAAAGGGAAGGAUCUAUGGGCAGGAGGCUACAGACCUGGUACUGGAUAUAAAUACAGCGAGUGAUUAUGUUGCUUUAUCAGAGGACAGGAAAACUGCAUCCCGGUCAGAGACUGCCCUGUGUUACCCACACACACCAGAGAGGUUUAUAGAAUACGCCCAAGUGUUAAGUACCAGGGGUUUCCCAUCAGGGCGACAUUACUGGGAAGUGGAGGGAAGUGAGUCAGGAAGUUGGGCUGUGGGGGCGGCCUAUCCCAGUAUAGAGCGAGAAGGAGAUAAAUCAGGUUUGGGAAUUACUAUAGAAUCCUGGGGUUUGUGCAAAUAUCAUGAUAACAUUAAUAUGUUACAUGACUCCAUAGAAACUCCUGUAUCCCCCUCCUGCCGGAGAUUCAGGAUCUCACUGGACUAUGAGGCCGGACAUUUGUCCUUCUAUGAGCUGAGUGAGCCAAUCAGGCACUUACACACCUUCACUGCCUCCUUCACUGAGCCCCUGCACCCUGCAUUCUAUGUGAAUGGUAACGGCUGGGUGAGAAUCUGCAGCUGAUCCCAUUAGGCUAAUGCCACACCAUGUGUAUGGCGUAUAUUUUUGACAAGCUGAAAAACAUGUGCCAAAAAUACACGCCAUAUGCUCCUACCUGUGCCUGCACCGGAAUGAACGGAAUCUCCCCGGCACCAUAAGUUGCAUGUGAUUGGCUGAGCUCUGGUUAGUUCAGAUCAGUGGGGUUUAUGGAAAUACACAAACCUGCCUGUUACACAGAAUGAUAAAUAGAAGCAGGUAGAGAAGCAGCAACAACAGGGGAUUGAGCCUCUGUAUUCAUAUCAUUGCUACUGAUACAUAUAAAUAAUAGGGAUAAUAGGAACAGCACAGACUUAUACAGCCUGAAAUCCACAUACAAUGCAUUACUAACAGGAGGGCAGUAAUAGUCUGAAAGGAGCAGAUUUGUAAGUCUAUAAGUAAUCGGGUUGGGGGCUGUACCUGUAAUCACAUGAGCAAAAUAAACAGAACUUGUGCUGAAUAAUAUA